AUGGAAUUUUUCAAUAAUUUUGGGAACUCACAGAGGAAAGAAUUUAAAAGUUUGAAAGAUGAAGUGUCACAAAUUAAAGGAGUAAAAGACGACGUCACGAUUAUUAGGGAACAGCUGGAAUCUAUAAAAAUCAGUACUGUGAAAAUCACUCGCGAGCAUAGUGAAAUGAUGAAUGAUAUUUCCGAAUUGAAAAACUCGUUAAAUUAUCAUUCAGCUGAACAAACCACUCUCACAACACGUAUUGAUGAUGUGGUAUCGGAGAUCAAAAAGGUUGAUCUGUUGCAGCAAAAUAUAUCGGAAUUACAAGAAAAGUAUGAAUCUCUGCGAAAUGAAUAUAAUUUUAUGCAGCAACGUGAUCGCGCCAUGAAUAUUGAGAUCUCUCAGAUCCCCGAAAAAAAAGAAUGA